AUGGAAAAGAAGACAAUGGUCUAGGGAUCACUAGUCAAUGGCUCUGCUACUCGGAAGUUCUCUCUUUUGUGGAUGACUUUUUUGUCUUGUACACAGUAUAUAUAUCAUCCAUUCACCCAUUUCUCUUUACAAAUUCUCAGCUCUUUUGUGUGCUACAGAGUUUCCGAGGGUGCUUUCAGUACUCUCGAUCUGUUCUCCAUUUCCUGAAUAAUGUCUGCCGCAGCUGCUUUUGUUGUGAUCGCCGUGGUAGUCAUCAUUGUAAAGAUUGUUAUUGUGUUUGAGGUAUGCAAAAGAGUAGCUGAAAGAGCUGCUAGCAGGACUGUAACCACUGUUACUCCUUCGUACGACUCACGAUUUCUGACGCUGACCAUGGAUAAAUUUCUCAACGACAUGGAAAGAGAGAAACCAACCAGAUUUACCUCUCAGCAGCUCAGGAUCGCAACAGAAAACUUCACUAAUUUGUUGGGUUCGGGUGGGUUUGGAUUCGUCUAUAAGGGGAUCUUUAGUGACGGAACCGUAGUGGCAGUGAAGGUUCUAUAUGGGAGCUCCGAUCAGACGAUUGAGAAACAAUUCAUGGCGGAAGUUAGUACAAUUGGAAGAGUUCAUCAUUUCAAUCUGGUUCGUCUUUAUGGUUUCUGUUUUGAGAAGUACAUGAGAGCACUUGUUUAUGAGUACCUGGGGAAUAGCUCGCUUGACAGGUACUUAUUCAGUGAAAACAACAUCUUAGGAUUCGAAAAGCUUCAUGAGAUUGCAGUUGGGACAGCCAGAGGGAUUGCUUACUUGCACGAAGAAUGUCAGCAGAGAAUAAUCCAUUAUGAUAUAAAACCAGGAAAUAUUCUCUUGGAUGCAAACUUCUUUCCGAAAGUUGCUGAUUUCGGUUUGGCCAAGCUCUGUAACAGGGAAAAUACUCAUAUCACUAUGACAGGAGGAAAGGGGACUCCUGGUUACGCUGCACCAGAAAUGUGGAUGCCAUUUCCCAUAACCCACAAGUGUGAUGUCUACAGCUUUGGGAUGCUAUUAUUUGAAAUCAUAGGUAGAAGAAGGAACCUAGACAUCCGUCUUCCAGAGAGCCAGCAGGAAUGGUUCCCAAUGUGGAUCUGGAAAAAGUUUGAAGAUGGAGAACUAGGAGAUCAAUUGACCAUAGUUUGUGGAGUGGAGGAGAAUCAUAGAGAAACGGCAGAGAGAAUGGUUAAAGUUGCUCUCUUGUGUGUUCAACAUAAGCCUGCAUCCAGGCCUGAGAUGAGUGCUGUUGUGAAGAUGUUGGAAGGAGCAGUAGAAAUUCCAACACCUUUAAGUCCAUUCCAGCACAUGUUGGAUGUUGCUCCUUUCCCUAAUGAAUCUUCCAAUCCAUUACAGACUGAUAGCACAUUUGAUUCAGAAGAUUCAUCUCAAACGGUUACAGGAUCUGGCUUUGUACGUGCUACCCCAGUGAUGAGGAGGUAUGAGAUUGAAAUAGCCUCUUGCUAGGUGGCUAAUGAAGAGUAUUUGUGUGUGCGUGUUCUAAUUUUCAUUUAUGAUGUUACGUGCCUACAAUCCUAUGAAGGAAGGAGUUCUUGAAGAAGAUAGCUUAGCUGGAGGGAGUUUCACGACAGAAGGAAGUAUGGUGACAAAAGUUGUCCUGCAGUAGCACGAGACUCUGUAUUUACAAAUAAGAGACAUGUUGUCUCAGCAAGACUCUUAGUAAUUUAUUAGUCCUUUGUAUUACGUGAAACUGUGUAUUCCAUUUCAUCUAUAGUUCUACGUUGUAAUCAUCUAUAUAACAAGGAAAAUUAUUAAUAAAGUUAUAGGCAAAGUUAUUUAUCCAA